AUGUCUACAUCAGACGGCUCUCCCCAGCCCAAGGCCGACGACCUGAAAGACGAUCUGCUCGCUGGCAGCUCUCACAUUGAGUCCCUCAAACAUGGCCCCACCAACAUCGAGGCCAUGGCCACGGACAUUGACAAGCUCCCCGUGAGCUGGUUUGUCUGGCUGGUAGCCCUGACGGCAUCCAUUGCGGGCUUGCUCUUCGGCUACGACACCGGCAUCAUCUCCGGCGCCCUAGUCUACUUGCACAACGAUCUCAAUGAACGUCCGGUGACGAGUUCGGAGAAGGAACUCAUUACCUCCCUUUGCUCUGGGGGUGCGUUCUUCGGAGCCAUUGCCGCCGGGAACACCGUGGACAGGUUCGGCCGCAAAACAGCCAUUUACAUUGGCUGCGUCCUUUUCGUCGUCGGGGCCGUGUUGCAGGCCGCCGCCUACACGGUCGUACAGAUGGCCGUGGGCCGCGCCGUGGUCGGGUUAGGCGUCGGCUCUGCGGCAAUGGUGGUGCCAUUGUACGUAGCGGAGAUCGCACCCGCCCGGGCACGCGGGCGCCUUAUCGGGCUGAACAACAUGUCCAUCACCGGCGGACAGGUCAUCGCGUACGCCAUCGGCGCGGCGUUCGCGCACGUCCCGCACGGCUGGCGGUACAUGGUCGGGCUGGGCGGGGUGCCGCCCAUCGUGUUGUUCGCGCUGAUGCCGUUCUGCCCGGAGUCCCCGCGGCACCUCGCCUACAACGGGCGGGUGGAGGAAGCGCGCGCCGUCCUCCAGCGCAUCUACCGGACCGCGUCCGACGCCCAAAUCGACACGGUCCUCAGCGCGAUCAGCGAGGCGUGCGCGCAGGCGCGUGCGAUCAACGCCCGCGGCACGGGCUGGGAGAAGAUCAAGCAGCUGCACGCCGACCCGGCGAAUCUGCGCGCGCUGGUGGCGGCGUGUGGACUGAUGGUCAUCUCGCAGCUGACCGGGUUCAACGCACUGAUGUACUACAGCCCGACGCUGUUCUCGACGGUGGGGUUCAGCAACCCGACGGCGGUCGGGCUGGUGGUCGCGGGGGGCAACUUUAUCAUGACGGGCGUCAACAUGGCGAUUGUCGACCGGGUGGGCCGCCGGCGGCUGCUCCUGUGCACGGUCUGGGGCAUGUCGGUGGGCAUGGUUGCGGUGGCGGUCGCGUUCCGCAACAUCCCGAUUGACCUGGACUCGAGCGAGGUGGCUACAGCGGGCGUGUCGACGUCGGCGGUUGUCGUGCUGGUGUUUAUCAUCUGGUUCGUACUGUUCUACGGCGUGUCGGUGGGCAACACGGCGUGGAUGAGCGCGGACUUCUUCCCGCUGGAGGUGCGCGCCAUGGGCACGAUGUGGAUGACGUGCUGCAACUGGGCGCCGAAUGUGAUCGUGUCGAGCACGUUCUUGUCCAUGAUGAAGGGGAUGACGCCGUCGGGGGCGUUUGGGUUCUACGCCGGGCUGUGCGGGCUGAGCUAUGUGCUGAUCUGGGGCUUCUAUCCCGAGGUGUCGGGGCUGGUGCUCGAGGAGAUCCGCGAGGUGUUUCAGCAUGGCUUUGGCGUGGCGUAUGCGCGCAAUCUUCGUAAGGAGCGGAAGGAGAUUAUCGAGCAGCGCAUGAAGACGAUGGAGAGGCCUGUUCCGAUAAUCUUCUUUGUGCUCUCAUCUGUAUGGUGGCUUGAUGGACCUAUUGCGCAAUAUCUACAAUACGUGCUGAAGAUCCAUCUCUGUUCGUCCCAUAACAAUUCGGGGCGGCAAGCUGCCUACGCAGCGCCUGGUGAGCACUACCAUACUUAUGCUGUUUUUAACCUGUGCCAGUUUGACCAUUAG